AUGGCUCGCUGGCACAUCCUGGCCUUGGCCCUGUGCUCCUACCUCGGGGUAGCCUGGGCUGCCACCACGCUGUCCCCAAAGAACAAGGGUCUGUUCAAGAGAGCCAUCAGCCAGAGUGGUGUUGGGGUCUGCGGCUGGGCCAUCCAGAGGGACCCGCUCGUCUGGGCCAAAAAGCUUGGAGAAAAGGUGGGCUGCCCCACAGACAACACCGCCGACUUGGCCAACUGCCUCCGUAUCUCUGACCCCAAAGCCUUGACCCUGGCCUACCACCUGCAGCUCACCCACCUGUCCAUGCCCCUGGUACACACCCUCGCCCUCUCUCCAGUUGUGGAUGGGGAUUUCCUCCCAGAUGUGCCAGAGAAGCUCUUUGCCAAUGCUGCUGACAUCGACUACCUGGCUGGGGUCAAUAACAUGGAUGGACACAUGUUUGCCGGUGUGGAUUUACCCGCCAUCAACCGCCCGCUGGUGAAGGUCACUGCUAACCAGGUGUACAAUUUGGUCAAAGGCCUCACCGUGGACAGGGGCGAGGCUGGAGCCAAUGCCACCUACAACAUCUACACACAGAGCUGGGGUGACAAACCCGAGCAGGAGGUCGUGAAGAAGACAGUGGUGGACCUGAUCACUGACUACAUCUUCCUGAUUCCCACACAGGUGGCACUGGAUCUGCACCUGCAGAAUGCCAAGAGUGGCAAGACCUACAGCUACUUGUUCUCCGAGCCAUCCCGCAUGCCCAUCUACCCGCGCUGGGUGGGUGCAGACCAUGCUGAUGACCUGCAGUACGUGUUUGGGAAGCCCUUUGCCACUCCACUGGGCUACUGGCCUAAGUACAGGACUCUCUCAAAGGCCAUGAUUGCUUACUGGACCAAUUUUGCUAGAACUGGUGAUCCUAACAAAGGGUAUUCAGACGUGCCUGUAUCCUGGCCAGCCUACACCAACAAUGGCAAAUACUACCUGGAUAUCAACCACAAGAUGAACAAGAACUCUGUGAAGCAGGACCUGAGGUCCCGGUUUGUGACCUUCUGGAACUCGGUCUACCUGAAGCUGCCGCAGGUUGCCAACAUCUCCCAGUCGGAGUUAAUGUUCUGA